UAAUUUUGAAUGGACAAAUGAUGAUGAUUUUUUGAAUGACAAUUAUCAAAAUAAUAUAGAUACAACUACUAUUUCAUCCAAUAGUUUCAAUAAUGCUAAUUCACAUUCUUGUCCAAUUUCAACUAGCUCAAAUAAUAGUAAAAUCAUUCAAAAAAGAUCUGUUCAUAUUGUUAGUUGGACACAUAAGUAUUUUGAAAAGAACAAUAAUAAUAGAACAUGUAGGAUUUGUAAAAAAAUUUAUUCAUUAACUACCAAUACCAACAAACUUUCUGCACAUCUAAGAGAUGUUCAUGAUUUAUCUAAAAAUGGUUUGAAAAAACCAAAUGAACCACAAUCAAGUAAACAACAAUUGAGUUUAGAUGAGUGUAUUAGAAAUAAUAUACAGCCAUUAUAUAAAAUUUCACAAAAUGAUAUAAAUGAUCAUCUGACUAACUGGAUUGUGAACAAAAUGUUACCUUUUUCAGUAGUUAAAAGUGAAAAUUUUAAAAAACUAUGUUAUAAAUUAAACAAAAAAUACAAAGUUCCUUCAAUUUCAGCUGUAAAAUCAAAAAUAUUAGAUAAUGUAAAAAAUGUAGAAUGUCAGCUAAAACUUUUAUUGGAAAAGACUUCAAUUUCUUUAAGCUUCACCACUGAUGAAUGGACACAAUUCCACAUACCUUUUAUUGGCAUAACAAUACACUGGUUAGAUGAAAACUAUAAAUUAAAAGAAGCAUUAUUAACAAUUGAAGCAUUUUCAUAUCCUCAUACUGGUAAUAACAUUGCUUCUAAACUUAAUGAAGUUUUUAACAAGUGGGAUUUACAGGAUAAGAUUUUAGCUGCUAUGAGUUUGCUUACAGAUAUUAUACAUAUAAUAUAUGGUGCUCAUACUAUUCAACUUGCUGUUAAAAAGGGACUUAGUCGUAUUGAAGAUACUUUACUUGAGAGGGCUUUAAAACUUAACAAAUGGUUGUUAAAUCGUGACAAACACCAUGAACGUUUACAUAAAAUGCAAAAGGAAAUUUUACAACAAAAUAUAAGCAAUCCUUUAUCACUAAAUCACGAAAAUUCAGAUUCAGAAACAGAUUUGGAUCUAGAUAUCAAUUCAGAAAAUGAAUCUCAUUUUUCGGAAUUUUCAGCAUUUAAUAAUAAUAAUACACAAGCGUUAAAUCCUAUUAGAAAUGUUGUCACCAGAUGGAACAACACUUAUUUUGUUCUUGAACGAUUGGAAAAGUUACAUGAAUCAAUUGAAUUGUUGAUUAGAAAUUUAAAAAAUGAUAACAAUAGAGAUUAUAGGAAUGAUGGUAGAGACUUGGAAGAGCUUUUUUUGACAGCUAAUGAAUGGAUAGGUAUUAAGGAAUUGGUGAGAGUUCUAAAACCAUUUGUUGAUGCUACUAAAAUAAUAAGUGAUCAAAUUAAUUAUCGAUGGUGUGAUCCUGGCAUCACUGCACUAACAGCGACAUUUUUAGAUCCAAGAUUUAAAGACUUGGACUUUUUAAACAAUGAUAAAAAAAACAAG